AUGAAGCGGCUUGGGGUCCUCUGGCUUGUGGCCCUCUCAGAGUGCUUAGUCAAAAUCCCUCUGAUGAAGAUUAAGUCCAUGCGAGAAAACCUUCGGGAAAAUAACAAGCUGAAGGAUUACCUGGAGAAGUACCCUCGGAGCCACGCCCACGAGCUUCUUAAGCAGCACUGGAACCCAGCAGUAACUUAUGAGCCCUUGAAGAACUACCUAGACCUGGCCUACAUUGGUAUUAUCAGCAUCGGCACACCCCCUCAGGAGUUCAAGGUUGUCUUGGAUACUGGUUCUGCUUACCUAUGGGUUCCGUCCAUCUAUUGCUCCAGCCCAGCCUGUGCUCACCACAAGGUCUUCAACCCUUUGCAAUCUUCCACUCUCCUACUCUCGGGCCAACCAGUGAAUGUCGCCUAUGGUUCAGGAGAGAUGUCAGGAUUUCUUGCCUAUGACUCUGUCAAGAUCGGGGACCUCACGGUUGUAGCCCAGGCAUUUGGCCUAAGUGUGGAGGAACCGGGUACUUCUAUGGAAUAUGCAGUGUUCGAUGGUAUUCUGGGGCUGGGCUACCCUGACCUCAGCCUUCAGGGAAUCCUGCCUGUCUUUGACAACCUGUGGAUGCAAGGCCUUAUCCCCCAGAAUCUCUUCGCUUUCUACUUGAGCAGCAAGGAUGAGAAGGGCAGCAUGCUGAUGCUGGGUGGAGUGGACCCCUCCUACUACAGUGGAGACCUUCACUGGGUACCUGUGUCCAAGCCCAGCUACUGGCAGUUAGCUCUGGACAACAUCUCCAUGAAUGGGGUAGUCAUUGCCUGUGAAGGUGGCUGCCAAGGUAUAAUGGACACAGGGACCUCCUUGCUGACUGGCCCCCGAAACUCAAUCCUUAACAUCCAGAAUCUCAUUGGUGCCAAGGUCCCUAGUGAUGGCGAGUAUGUUGUCAAGUGUGAUACCAUCAACACCCUACCUGACAUUGUCUUCACCAUCAAUGAUGUUGCCUACCCAGUGCCAGCCAGUGCCUACAUCCGGAAGGGUCAUUCACACAACUGCUAUAGCAACUUUGAAGAAGGCAUAGAUGACCAUUUGGACUCUGAGAUGUGGGUGCUGGGGGAUGUUUUCCUAAGGCUGUAUUUCACCGUAUUUGAUCGGGCAAAUAACAGGAUUGGUCUGGCUCCGGCUGUGUAAGUGCUGGACCUCCUUCAGCGGAUCGCCAGGCACAUACAGACAUGAAUGCUCAUGGGGCAUUCCCAUCCAGAGAGCUGUCUCCAGCUAUUGGGAGCUCUGCA